AUGGCGACAUCUGAGCAGCCCUCUCAACCUCAGCCCACACUACUUGAGCUCGCAGCCAAAGUAACCGAGCUAUCGCAGACAUUAACGAAUUACCUGAAGGAAAAUGACAUCCCUACGCCGACCUUUGCCGCGGAUAGCCCGACCAGCUACUCCAACCUGUCGCCCGAGAUGUUCAUGACGCGGCAGAUCCUGACGGAUACUCUGAUGGACAUGUGGUACUUGACCCAGGGUCCCAGCGAGAGCAUUUUCAACUAUGUCCACAGCGUCAUGCCCGAUGCUGCCGCCCUCAACGUCCUGAACUACUUCGACUUCUGGUCCGCCGUACCCCUCGACGGCACCGCCUCCUACGCCGACUUCGCCGCCCACACCCAUCUCCCCGAAGAAGUCGUCUACCGCGUCCUCCAACACGCCGUCACCCUCCGCCUCUUCGAGGAGACCGAGCCCGGGAAGGCCGCCUCGCGCCUCCGCCACACGUCCCGCUCCGCCGCACUCCUACGCAAUCCCGGACUCAAGGCGCUGGUGUCUACGAUCCUUGACGAUGCGGGCGCGCCGAUGAUGGUCCUGAACGAAGCCCUUGCGAGGUAUAGCAAGAACAAGCCCGAGCUGACCCAGGAGGUCACCGAGUCGGCGUUUGCUCUGUUCCAUAAAAGUGGGCCUUACGGAAGCUACACGACGUCGUGGGAGCUGCUCGAGAAUGACGGUGAGGGCGAGAGGAAAGGGUGGAGGCAGAGGAAUUUUGUCGAGUUUAUGAGAUAUGUCAAGGAGAUUUUCCGACUGGAGGAUACCGUUUUGGAUUGCUACGACUGGGCUGGAGCUGGAAAUGCCAUGGUCGUUGAUGUUGGCGGCUCGGCCGGUCAUGAUGCCAUCGUCCUCGCCAAAAAAUUCCCCAACCUCUCCUUCACCGUCGAAGACCUCCCCGAAGUAAAGCCCGUCUUCGAAGCCACCGUCCCCGCCGAGCUCAAGGAUCGCGUCUCCUUCAUCGAGCACGACUUCUUCAACGUUCAGCCCGUGCAGGGCGACAUCUACAUGUUCAAGAUGAUCUUCCACGACUGGCCCGACCACGAAGUCGCCCGUAUCUUGCGCGCACUGAUCCCCUCCCUCAAGCCAGGCGCUCGCGUCAUCCUGCUCGAGUACAUCGGGAACCAGAGCGACAACGAGGAUCGUCCGCCGCUACCGCGCUCGAUUCAGAACAUGGGCACCGCGACGGAUUUGAGGCUCAUGGCGUUGUUUAACGGUAAGGAGAGGCCUGUGAGCGCGUGGGAGAAUGUUAUUCGUCAGGCGGAUGCGAGGUUUGAGGUGUCGGCCGUGAAAGGCGAGGCUCAUAGUUUCUUUGCUGUUAUCGAGGCGGUAUGGCGCGGAGAUGGGGAGGUGGCACAGGUCGCAGAGGCGGAUGCCCAGAAGAGCCCUGUUGAGGCUGCUCCGGCGAGCUCCGUUUCCGAAGCUGCUCCGGUUGAGGCUGCAGCCAUCGCUGUGGAGGAGACCAUUCCUAUCGAUGCAGCCCCUGUCGAUACUACCCCUGCGGAGGCUACCGUGACUAUUUCUGGGACUGAAACACCCGCACCUGCGGAACCAACUGUGGCGGAAGACCCAGUGGCUUGCAUUCCGGAACCCGCAGUGGUCGAAGCAGCACCUCAGCAUCCCAAACACGCUGAAACGGUUGCAGAGGAGCAGAAGACUCGGGAAGCCACGGCACCAGUGGACGCCCCUCUUGACAUCCCGGCGCCAACUGUAGAGGCCACUCCCGAGAAUGCCGAGGGACGAAAAGACUCUGUUGGCUCUGAGAGUGCGUCAGACGCGUCCGUUCGUACUCCCGAGCAGGAAAUUGCUGAGCCGGGGACUGUGGAGGCUGUCAAGGUUGGAGAUACUACGGAUGAACAGAAGAAUACCGACUCUCUCGAGGUGGAAGUAAGUAAGACUCCUGAUAUCCCUGAUCAGGUUGUGAUUCAACAAGUCAAUGGGCAGUAG